AACAUGUCAGCUGCGUAUAUUUUGAGCUUGGAUAAGGUGGCUUGAGCUCAACGUCAACUUGAUCAGUACUUGAUCUAAUCUAAUCUACUUACCAAACUUGUUUCCGUGCGACGAGCGCGUCCAAAUCUCCUCCAUACAAUCCUGGCUUACACCUCUCCAUUCUCGAAAGCAACUUUAAAGACUCUUGACCUUUCUCUUGCUGUGCAUCACUUUCUGCAUACAAGCUACACUUAAUACUUCUCUUGAACUAGUGGCUAUCUCAACUAAGGCUGUCUCUGAUAACACUUUCCGAAGGGGACGUUUCAAGAUGGCCGAACGAGCGAACUCCAAUAUGCUCUUCGCCAACUUCAACCAGGACUUCACGUGCAUAUCCGUUGGAACUCGGAAAGGUUACAGCAUAACCAACUGCGACCCGUUUGGUCGUGUCUAUACCAUGAACGAUGGCGCUCGCGGAAUAGUUGAAAUGCUAUUCUGCACAUCCUUAAUUGCCCUCGUUGGUGCAGCAGACCAUCCUCAGUCUAGCCCUCGGAAGUUGCAGAUCGUCAAUACUAAGCGGCAAUCCAUGAUUUGCGAACUUCUCUUCCCUUCGUCAAUUCUUGCUGUCAAGCUGAAUCGUAAAACUCUGGUUAUCGUGCUCGAGAACGAGAUAUACAUAUAUGAUAUAUCCAACAUGAGAUUACUUCACGUCAUCGAGACAACCCCCAAUCCUGAAGCGAUUGUCGCUCUAUCACCCUCAUCAGACAACUCAUAUCUGGCUUAUCCUUCGCCUGUCCCAUCGCCUACUUCUGCAGUGUCGACCACAUCACCACCCGCAGCAUCAGGGUCACAGUCGGGCGACGUUCUCAUUUUCUCUACUCGCACUCUGUCCGUUGCAAAUGUUAUCCAAGCUCACAAGUCACCUAUCUCCUUUUUGUCUAUCAACUCAACUGGUACUCUUCUGGCUACUGCAUCUGACAAAGGAACCGUCAUUCGUGUAUGGAGUAUACCCGGUGCAGAGAAGCUCUAUCAAUUCCGACGGGGUACUCGAGAAGCCAAGAUAUACUCAAUCAACUUCAACAUUGUCUCGACGUUAUUGGCAGUCAGCUCGGCGCAUGAUACAGUUCAUAUCUUCAAGCUUGGUCCACAGAAGUCGUCGGGUCCUAGCCAAAGUGGCGUGUCAUCGCCAUCGAGUCCGUCUGGAUCCGUCGAUAGCCGCGAUGUCAGUGCGCAGGGGUUAGAUGCUGGAUAUGAUGCGUUCAUAGAGAAGAAAAAGAACGGCAGUGUCUCAUCGAGUCUCCGUCGACGAUCGCUUCACCUUACGAAGAACAUUACAUCUUCAGUUGGUGGUUACCUUCCAAAUACAUUAACAGAGAUGUGGGAACCGUCUCGGGACUUCGCAUUCCUUCGGUUGCCAUCGAGCGGCACGCGAUGUAUAGUCGCACUCAGCGGAACACUACCACAAGUCAUGGUUAUAUCAUCGGAUGGUUACUUCUAUUCAUACAGCAUUGACCUGGAGAACGGUGGAGAAUGUACACUGCUGAAGCAACACAGUCUGCUUGACUCCAAUGACGAGUUGAAUGAUUGAGCAGCACCUAGGCUACAUAUGAUUGUAAUGACCUAUGACCUUUCAUGACUCGGAGCAUUGUAAUAUUCAUGUCAGAGACAGGAUACCCCUUCUUAUUGAUCAGUUAAUUGUUAUGUGAGAAUGCUUUCAAUGGUUUCAUUCCAUGUAUGUGAGUAUGUAUGUAGUCUCCUGUAUGAUAUGCAAGAUAAAUAUGAAGCCUAGU